UGCCGCACCUGGAACCCCUUCCGCUCCAAGCUGGCCGCGGCCAUCCUGGGCGGGGUCGACCAGAUCCACAUCAAGCCCAAGUGCAAGGUGCUGUACCUGGGCGCCGCCUCGGGCACCACGGUCUCCCACGUCUCCGACAUCAUCGGCCCCGACGGCUUGGUCUACGCGGUCGAGUUCUCGCACCGCGCCGGCCGCGACCUGGUCAACGUCGCCAAGAGCCGCACCAACAUCAUCCCGGUCCUGGAAGAUGCCCGGCACCCGCUCAAGUACCGCAUGCUCGUGGGGAUGGUGGAUGUGAUCUUCGCCGACGUGGCUCAGCCCGACCAGUCCCGCAUCCUGGCUCUGAACGCGCACACCUUCCUGCGCAACGGGGGCCACUUUCUCAUCUCUAUCAAGGCCAACUGCAUCGACUCCACCGCGUCGGCCGAGGCGGUGUUCGCUUCGGAGGUGAGGAAGCUGCAGCAGGAGAAUUUGAAGCCCCAGGAGCAGCUGACCCUGGAGCCCUAUGAGCGAGACCACGCCGUGGUGGUCGGCGUCUACCGGCCCAUCCGGUCCAGUUCCAAGAGCCGCAGCAGCAAGUAGAGCCCCGCCGGGACUGUCCCUGAGAGAUCGCCCCCAGACCUGCCGCCUUCAGUGUUACCAUGUCUGUGUUUUCUUUGUGUGCUGUUUUGCUCUCCUUCGCUUAACUAUUAAAUGGCAUAAAGAAACGGUA